CACACACUCCUGAUCCCCAGGGAGGUCAGGGUGGAGCUGAUUUUUGUUGUCUGUGUGGCAGAGGCCUUCCAGAGCACCGUGGAGCAGUUUGGCCGUCUGGACAUCGUUAUCAACAAUGCCGGCAUCAACAAUGAGAAGAACUGGGAGAAGACCAUCCAAGUGAACCUGACCUCUGUGAUUAAAGGGACCUACUUGGCACUGGAACACAUGAGUAAAGAGUACGGCAAGGAAGGAGGCAUCAUCAUUAAUGUAUCCUCUAUGGCAGGUAACACACAAACACACACACACACUCGCACACACCACUGUUACUUCAGAUCUGAAGAGAAAACAUGAUGAUAAAGGCUAAAAUACCAAAUUCAAGGCUUCAAAACUGUGGUCCUCAAACCAAUGUGUCUAAGUGGACUAUGUCCUUUUCUUCUUUGUAAAGUCUAUGCUUAGCCUAACAUUGUCACUUUCACAACGGCCAGUUUUUUUAGUUUUUUAUUCCAAUUCAAAGUCCAUCUGUCUCAUCU